AUGGCGGAUGAGAAUACGACGUCGUCCCCCGGUAGGAGACCCGCUGCAACUGCCGGUGUAAGCUCCGGUAUCAACGCCCCGCCUCCCGGUCAUGGGCUCCGGCGCGCCGUGACCGUGUCUGCCGCUGAGGAUGCCGCGUCUCGACGUCCGUACAUGGCGUCACCUGGCUUCGAUACGAUACCGCCUCGUAGAAGCUCCAAUUUCUCAGAGUACAGUCUCAAUGAAGCCCGAGAUCUGCUCAACCCGCAGCUUCGAGAACCCAGCAUUGAGUCUUCCGCUGGAGAAACGUCAUCCCUGGCAUCUCUAUCGUUGGCUUUUGCUCUUCUCCCUGCUAUUUCUGGUGCCCUCUUCAAGAAUGGAAGUGCUAUAGUUACAGAUAUCAUGCUUCUGGGCCUGGCUGGUGUUUUCCUUCACUGGUCUGUAACACAGCCAUGGGCAUGGUACCACUCAGCACAGGAAGUUAGAAUACAGCAGGAAUCAACUGUUGAAAGUGUCAUCGACGACGAUAGUGAUCUUGACUCCAGCACCCAUGCUCCACGACCUCAUUCACCUCUUGAUCAUGUACCGGAAGAUGAAGAAGUACGCACUGAACCAACCGAGGAACUACACGAGAGACAACCUACGACACAACAGCGAGAAGCACUGGCGGAACUUUACCUAUACGAAAUCAUCGCCCUUGCUUCGUGCUUCCUUCUUCCACUCCUAGGCGCAUAUCUCUUGCACGCCAUCCGAUCUCAACUGAGCCGUCCCUCCGAGGGCCUUGUUUCCAACUACAACCUAACCAUUUUCCUUCUCGUAGCCGAGCUUCGGGUUUUAUCACACAUGAUAAAGCUUGUCCGCUCACGAACUCUUCAUUUACAGAGGGUCGUACAAGGAGGGCUGUCCAAUUUCCAGAAAAGCAACAAUAAUUCGGAACAGCUAGAAGCCGUCCUCGCACGCCUCGAGCAACUAGAGUCCCGCGCCACCGCCGAAGAGACCGUCUCUCCCCAAGAGAUGAAGCAGGAAAUCAACAAGACGAAGCAAAAGGAGAGCGUCGUGGCACGCGACGUGCGUAACGCAAUUCAGCCGGAACUCGAUGCGCUCAACAGGGCUGUACGCCGUUACGAGAAAAAGGCUACACUUCUCCAAUUCCAGACCGAGUCACGAUUUGUCGGGAUGGACGCAAGACUGGAUGAUGCUAUCGCCCUCGCAGCAAGUGCUGCAAAGAACAGUGCGUCUCAUAAGAGCGUGUUGAUAUGGGCGAUGGAAUCUGUCACUGCCAUCGCGCUUCUGCCAUUCAAGACGCUUCUACGAAUUAUGCUCCUACCCCUGAGCACACUGUUAGCUCUGACGGGCAAGAGCAAGAAGAAAAGUCCACCUACAACAAAGACCUCACGCAGCAGCCGGAACGGCAAGGCACCAGUGCAACCGAGAUAUAGUGGUGAUCGGGUUCCGUCCAGGGUAGCCAAACGAUAG